CCGCAUAGAUUCUACUGCUUAAACCGCUAUCAUGAAAUUAAAAGAAAUCCACAGAACGUCGACGUUCGCCUGGUCGCCUUUACCGGCAUUACCGCUGCUGGCAACGGGAACGGUGUCGGGAGCGUUGGACGAAUCAUUCAGCAAUGAGAGUCAGCUGGAGAUAUGGGCCCCCGACUUCAUGAACAAGAAUGAAUUUGACUUGGGUGGGGAAGGGGAGGGUGUAGGUCCCAAGGGAUCGGUCACAAACAGCUCAAGAUUCAACCGCAUCGCAUGGGGAUACGUCGAAGGCAACCGCCCGAGCGGCGUCAUAGCAGCCUGCAUGGAGAAUGGUGAACUGGGUAUCUGGGACCCGGCCAAGAUUCUGGAGAACGCCUCGGUGGAGGAGGCGCUCAUCAUGAGGAACACGACGCACACCGGACCCGUGCGCGGUCUCGAUUUCAACCCUAUCCAAACCAGCCUCUUCUCCUCCGGCGCCGUGAACGGCGAGAUAUACAUCUGGGACCUGAAAGAUCCGAGCAAGCCCUACUCCCCGGGGACGCGCAGCUCGAAGCUGAACGAAAUCACGUCCCUUGCUUGGAACAAUCAGGUUCCCCAUGUGCUUGCGACGUCCAGCAGCACUGGGUAUACUGUAGUAUGGGAUCUGCGAGGAAAGCGGGAGGUGACUGCAUUGGCGUAUGGCGGCGGUGCGGGCACGCUGGCAGGCGGACCGCAGGGCGGUCUGAUGGGCGGUAGGCGGGGUAUGAGCGAUGUCGCAUGGCAGCCCGAUAAUGCUACGCGGCUAGUGACUUCUUCCGAAGACGACGCAUCGCCAGUCGUGAUGGUCUGGGAUCUCCGCAACACGCGGGCACCGGAAAAGAUUCUCACUGGACACGAGAAAGGCGUCCUCUCAUUGUCCUGGUGUAAGCAGGACCCAGACCUACUUCUUUCCGCUGGUAAGGACAACAGGGCGCUCUGCUGGAAUCCGCAAACCUCAGAAAUCAUCGGCGAACUGCCGACCGCCGAUAACUGGGCAUUCCAGGUUCAGUGGUGUCCCAGAAAUCCUGACUUGUUCGCGGCUGCAUUCUUCGAUGGCACCAUCGGGAUUCACUCCGUCCAGUCUACGAACGAGCCUGCCGUCGACGUCCAGGCGCCUACGCCCGCCCCGGAUGGCGCUGACAUCUUCGAUGUUCCAAGCAUCUCCCGUAUGACGCAGGGGACUUUGUCUCUCAAACAACCUCCCAAGUGGCUGCGCCGUCCCGUGUCAAGUUCCUUCGGCUAUGGCGGAAAGCUUGUGUCCGUCUCAAAUUUACAGUCCAAGGAUGGGUCGAAUCAGAGCAGUGUCGUCCACGUCAGGACCGUCGUCACGGAGCCCGGGAUCACAGAACGCGCCCAGAAGUUGCGCUCUGCCAUCGACGGCCAGGCGCUCAACUCUUUCGCCGAUCAUAAAAGUCAGAUGGCGGAGCAAGACGCGGAGUCCAGUGUCACGUGGAAGGCACUCAGCAGCUUGUUCCGCGCAAAUUCGCGGGACGAGCUGGUGACCCUGUUGGGUUUCUCGAAGGAGGAAAUCGCCGUUCGCGUCGCUGAGGCGGUGGCGAAGCUCAAAAAGGAGGCUGAUAGUGCGACCGAGACGCCCAGAUCUCCCUUGGAAUCAUACACCAGUGAGACUAAGUCAAGAUCUGUAGUGUCCUUUGCCGAACCUGAGAAGUCGCCGUCGGAGGCUGGUGGGGAAGACGCUGCGGACGAUGCAGCAGGCAAUCAAGAGGCCACGCCUUCGGAGGUGAGCGGCAGCGCUGCGUCGGAGAACACAGACGCUACGCCAGCUGUGGACGCGGAGUCGACGACGACGACUGUGCCCAGUCUCUUCGGGGAUGAUAACGGGGCCGGGACACCCCAGAUGGAUGCAGCGGCAGAUUUCUUCAGCAGCAUGGGCAUGUCCCAGAAUCAGGGUGACCAGAUGACCGUGCCCCAUACGAACUAUGCCUUGGACUCGUCUGUUGCAGCUACGAUUGGGUCUGGUCCUUCCUCGGUGGCUUCCGAAAGCUUGAAGAGCAACACUUUCAGAAUAUACCCAAACGAUGAGUCGGAGACGGACCAGCUGAUCACCAAGGCGCUUGUCCUGGGUGACUUCGAGUCUGCAGUGUCGCUGUGCCUGUCGUCUGAUCGCUUUGCUGAUGCUAUCCUGCUUGCUGUCAAGGGAGGCACCGAACUUCUGCAGCGCACCCAGAAGAUAUACUUUGAGCGGUGCACGACCUCUUCUCCCUACCUUCGCUUGUUCCAAUCCAUUGUGACCAACGACCUGGCGGAUAUCGUCCAGAACGCUGACCUGCGGGAGUGGCAAGAGAUCUUUGUUGUCAUUUGUACUUUCGCGAACUCGGAGGAGUUCCCGGCUUUGGCUGAGCAGCUUGGUCAGCGCCUCGAAUUCCAAUCUCACCUCGCUGCUGGCUCAGAUAGCCCUGACGCUGCGCAGAGGGCUCGUGAGUUCAGGAAGAACGCGACUCUCACUUAUCUCGCCGCUGGCCGCCUCGAACGGCUCGUUAACAUCUGGAUCGAGGAAUUAGUUGAAGAAGAAUUGCGCCUUGCCUCCGGCGAGGAUAGCCUCGACGGUUCCCGCUAUACUGCUCACGCGCACGCCCUGCAGUCGUUCGUGGAGAAGGUCACAGUAUUCAGAAGCGCGUCCAACUACGUCGAUACGGAUUUGACAGGGUCAUCGGAAGAUACCUCCGCCAUGUCGUACAAACUCUCUGCUCUUUACGACCGUUACUUUGAAUAUGCCGAUCUUCUUGCGGCUCAAGGACUAGUGAAGGGUGCCGUCUCCUUCAUGAAAUUGACGCCGCCGGAAUAUAGCGGUUCAUCCGGAUCGGCCUGGGAUUUCGAAACCGGCAAAGAACGUUUGCUUGCAGCUGUCAAUGAAACAGCACCUGUGGCAGGUUCGUCCAAGAUCGCGGCACCCGCUGCCCCAGCUGUGCCUACUGCAUCGUCCGUGUCCUCUACCUCCUCCUACCCAUAUGGUCAGUAUCAGCAACCCGCCCAGCCCACUCCGCCAGUCAUUACCCAGUCCUCUCCAUAUUCUACUUACGGACCUGCGGCCACGCAAAGUACGCCUUACGCUCCCGCGCCAGCGCCAGCACCAGCCCAGACGAGCUUCCAGCAGCCGUACCAGCAGCAACAGGCAUACCAACAGCACCAGCCCUACCAGCAGCAGCAGCCUUACCAACAAUCUGCGGCCCCGUCACCAUAUUCGAACACGUCCGGCAAGUAUGUACCUCAUCUGCAAAACCAACCAAGUCCUCAAGGGCCUUCGCCUGGCAUGGUUCCUCCGCCCAGGGCAAACGGUGGCCCCCCGGGUGCAGCGACAUUACCUCCGCCACCCAAACGUGCUAAUGGGGGUUGGAACGAUGCGCCUAUGGUUUCCGAAAGGCGUACUCCUAAUCCUCUAAAUAUCAAUAAACCAGCCCCAAUAGUAUCACCCUUCCCGAACGCGGCACCGUCGCCCUUGCCACAGACGCCUGGUUCGCCGUUCCAAGGACAACAACAGCCGAAUCUACCUCCCCCACCUCGAUCAGGAAGCCGACAGGCAAACGGUCCUCCGCAUCCACCUCAGGCUGGUCAACGAUUGCCGCCUGGAGGAGGACCGGGGCCUUACCCGCCUCAUGGGCGCCCAGGGUCGAUCCCUCCUCCAGGAGCACCCCCGCAGAACAUGGCUCCCCCACCGCAAAGGAUGAUGUCUCCACCACAGAUGCAAGGAUCGGCCGGGCAUCCCCCCAGUCAGUUCGCUCAGCCGCCUCCCCGAGGCCACAUGCCGCCCUCCAAUAUGAACCAGCCGCCUCAAGGGCCGUACGCGCGUGGCACUCCACCGCCGAUCCAGCAGGUCAAUAACCCGUACAUCCGCGCCACCCCGUCGCCCAGUCAGGUGGCAGCUCCAGGCCCGUAUGCGAGGACUAUGUCGCCUCAAGCGCAGAGCGGACCUUACGCGCCUCCCCCGAGUGGUGCCAGACCUGGUCCGCCUGGACAGCAUAUGCAGGGCCCUCCUCCACACGCCGGUCCUCCACCCGCUGGUCCUCCACCCGCUGGUCCUCCACACCCUGGUCCUCCACACGCUGGCCCUCCGCCUUCAGGUCCUUCUGCUCCCCAAGGUCCACCUGGCGUCCGUUCGCCAGCACCGCCUGCAAAGAAGGAACCUGCGGGGCCCAAGUAUCCUCCGGGUGACCGUAGUCAUAUCCCAGAUACGGCGAGGCCUAUCUACAACGUCCUCUCGGAGCAACUGGCGAGACUGAAACAGACUAUGCCUCCCCAGCAAAAACGUGUCGCGGAUGAUUUGGACAGGCGGAUCAAUGGUUUGUUCGACGCUCUGAACUGCGAGACGUUGUCGAGGCCUGUCGUGGAUCAACUUCUUGAUCUUACGAGUGCCAUGGCCGCCCAUGACCGAGAGGCGGCGUUGACCAUUCAUAUGGAUCUGCUCACGCGGGGCGCCCUGACAGACGACAUCGGGUUAUGGAUGUCAGCUGUGAAGCAGCUCAUUAUGCGGUUGUGAUUCAUUAUGAAGUUCGUAUACGGAUGUGAGUUUCCAAGGACGAUGAAUAGGGUCUAUAAUUCGAGAUCAAAAUAUGGCUGCUGCUGUAGUAAAUCUUGGUAAUAGCCUGCAAGCGCUGUGCGGAUUCCGAAAUGCACAUCUC